UGAAUAAAUGUUGACUUAAAACAAACUUGACAUAUGCAUAGAGAAAUGCAGAUACCCAUUUACGGCCUUAACAUCAGUACUGAUGAUUCCGCCCGGCCCCUGGGGCACGGUGACACCGUCUGCCAGGAAUGCUCUAUGAAAGAGAUACUGACACUAUCUGAUGUAACACAUGUAUUAAUCAUAACAUUUUAUCGUUUGCAUGUUAUCGAUCCAAAAUUAUUGCAAUGUAUCUUCUGUCUGAGGUGUAAACCGUGUUGUUUAUUAUAACAUCACAACAACCUUAAGUAGAAAAGAUGAUACAGGGUGAAUAAAAAAAUCACAUGAAAGUGGAGUGUGGAAGAAAGUGCUCAGUUGUUUCUUGAUUGUAGUUUGUGAAGCACACUACUAAAUAUAUUGGAGGAUAAGCCAAAUAGUCCGCUAGGCAGGAUAUUUAAUCUGUCACCAUGUCGGACACGGUGCAGAUCAGCAACGUGUCGGUCGACUUGAACAACUAUACAUGCUCGAGCAAGGGGCUCAUACUUCCGCUGGUGAGCGAGUACACGUGGGGGACCGGUGGCCGCGCCUUCCUCUACCUGAUUGGGCUGUUGUGGAUAUUCUUGGCGGUAGCUAUCAUCGCCGACGUCUUUAUGUGUUCCAUCGAACGAAUCACUGCCAAGACCACCAAGAUUCGCGUAGCGGACCCGGAUGUGGAGGGUGGUUACCGGGAAAUGGACGUCCGUGUGUGGAAUAACACUGUCGCCAACCUCAGUUUGCUGGCGCUCGGAACUAGCGCACCAGAGAUCUUGCUGUCCGUAAUUGAAAUCAUUGGCAAUGGGUUUAAGGCCGGCAACCUUGGGCCAGGAACGAUCGUUGGUUCCGCGGCCUUUAAUCUCCUCGUUAUUUCCGGUAUCUGUAUCAUGUCGAUACCUUCACCGGACACACGUCGCAUCAAGGAGAUAAAAGUGUUCUUCGUGACGGCGUUUACGUGCGUAUUCGCGUACGUGUGGAUGGCGAUCGUGCUGAUGGUAUCAACGCCAAACAGGGUGGACAUCUGGGAAGCGCUCGUGACCCUAGCCAUGUUCCCCAUCCUCAUCCUCGUCGCAUACCUCGCUGACCGAAACUUCUGUAUGGGCCGGAAGGACGAACAUGCCGAGGGCGUCGUCGGCUUCUCUCUAGAUUCAAAAAAGAAAUACACAGAGGAUAAAGGGCUACUCAAGAGCGAGGUGCGCGGGCAGGCGCGGUCUUAUGAGACCAUGAGCGAUGAGGACCCUGAGCGUAAACGGGAGUCCCGUCGGGUGCAUGAUGGAGACGGCGAGGCCGACCUCAUGCACCUCGCUAAGGAACUGGGUCACGAGGUCCGAGACGGCGACCUGAGCGAACAUGAGGCUGCCCAGCUUGCCAUCGCCAAGGCAAACGAGAACACCUCCCAUGACCGCGGCUGGUAUCGCGUUAACGCCACGCGCAUGCUCACCGGAGGCCGGAAACUCAUACCGCGUGUGCUCACCAACUUCCAACAGCUGUACGACAACAUUCAGCUUGCGCCAGAAGAUCGUGCAGACAAGGAUAUUGCGAUGCGGUCCAAGGACCACACGGCCGGCGGCUCGAAGGCGGUGGUGGAGUUCACUGCAGCCGCCGUCAGCGUACUGGAAAACGAGGGCAAGGUCAGGAUCGGCAUCCGGCGCUAUGGAAAGAAGGACAUGCCCUGUACCGUCCGUGUAGAGACCAUCAACGGCACGGCCCUGGCUGGCGAGGACUAUAAGCCCUUUAGUGAGGACGUGCUCUUCUCAAAGAACGAGGAGCUGCGCCAGGUCUUCAUCGAAAUCGUCGACGACUGCGAGUGGGAACCAGAUGAGUUCUUCUUCGUCAGGUUGACCAUUCCUGUACAAGAGGACCAGAGCCACGAACAGGUCGCCAUUGGCAACGUGGCCAUUAACCAGGUCACCAUCAUUAAUGACGACGAACCUGGAAAGCUGGAGUUCGCUAAGCCCAGCUUGGUGAUAAAAGAGAGCUACUACGUGGCACGGAUCCCGGUGAACCGCAUCAACGGCUGCGACGGUCACGUGAGUGUCAAAUGGCGUACGUCAGACAUCACAGCGAAGGAGGGUAUCGAUUACCAGGGUCGCGAGGGUCUACUCACGUUCGACAACCAGGAAAUAAACAAAACCAUCGACAUACCACUCUUUGAAAGCAAGAAGAAGGAGCGUGACGAGUGUUUCGCUAUCGAGCUUGGCGAUUGUGACGGCGGAGCGGAGCUCGGCAAGAUCCGUAAAACCAUCGUCACCAUCGUCAACGACGACGAGUUUGACGGCAUCGUGAGUCGGCUAUUGAAUAUGACGAAGGCGAAUAUGGGUGGUAUGGCGCUCGAGUCCUCCACGUGGGUGCAGCAGUUCAAGGAAGCGAUGAACGUCAACGGCGGCGAUAUCGACAACGCUACCUUCCUCGACUACGUCCUCCACUUCUUCACUUUUGGAUGGAAGAUAAUCUUCGCGUGUGUACCCCCAGCAAAGUACGGGGGCGGAUGGCCGACGUUCCUCAUUUCGCUGGGGGUCAUCGGGCUCCUCACGACGUUUAUAAACGACCUCGCGGGCACAUUCGGAUGUCUCAUCGGGCUCGACGACGCCAUUACCGCCAUCACAUUCGUCGCGCUCGGAACGAGUAUGCCUGACACGUUUGCGAGUAAGACGGCAGCGCUAAACGAGAAGACGGCUGACAGCUCGGUGGGGAACGUGAACGGAAGUAACUCGGUGAACGUGUUCCUGGGACUCGGGUUGCCCUGGACCAUCGCCUCCAUCUACUGGGCAGUCAAGGGUGAAUAUUUUGAAGUACCGGCGGGUUCCCUAGGCUUCACGGUGAUCGUGUACUCGGUGUUCGCUUGUAUAGCGCUAGGCCUCCUCCUCCUUCGCCGCUUUCUUCCGGUAUUCGGGCGCGCUGAGCUGGGCGGUCCCCAGGGCCCUAAGAUUGCCUCAGGCGUGUUCGUUAUCUUCCUGUGGGUGUUUUAUGUAAUACUUACCGCUCUGCAGGUCAAGGAUGUUAUCAAGGUCAGCUUCUGAUCGUCGAAGAAUUAUGGAAUUAUUCGUCUUCUUAUCUAUUCUCUGAACACGUGUACCACAAUGGAAUGAAUUUGUUUAAACAGCAACUAAAACCAUGAACAUGACUGUUAAAUUAGCUAGGAAAUAUGGGCCAAGUAUUAAUGCCGUAACAAAGUGUUGUGUUGAUUCAUGCUUGUGAUAAAUAUGCUCAGACCAUACCGGUAUUUUUGUUUUGUUUUGGUAAGUUUGCUUAAGCUCAUAAACGGGCAUUGUUGCCUGUAGAUGAACAUUUUGCCAACAUUGCAUACUCAGCAUUAUAUGCUCAUAUUUGAAGAUAUGUAAACUACAAACUAAUUGGUACUUUACACUUUUAUGGAUUCAACAAAGAAGCUGAAUUUUUACAAGCUUUACCAUUCCAUUUUAGUUUUAUUUGCACUUUUUAUCAUUUAGGGGCUUAUAUGGGAGUUAUUAUAUUAUUUCUUGCCGAUAUACACUUUACUCUUAUAGAGUAAUUAGUUCACAUUUAGUUACUUUUAUGUCAGAGCAUUAUUGUUUCGGAACGCCUUUAUACCGCAAUAAUUAUUGUUUUAAUGUUGUUUUAUGUAAAAAUAUACUGUAGCCUGCAUGUUUGAAGGUGUUUUAUAAGAAACUCUUCAAUACAUGGCAUAUUUUUGUAGCUUAGAUUGUAUAUGACGCUGGCCAAUCAUACAAUUUGUACAUUGUAUUUAUUAUACAUGCAUUUACAUAUACCUUCCUCUUGAAUGUUAUUUUCUUUAUAAUU